AUGGUUCUCUCUGCCGGAGCCCCCUGGCUCCAAUACACAGGCCAGCAGCAGAAGCGCAAGCGGGCCGAGCUGGCCUGCACCAUCUGCCACAUCGCACCAUCGAGACAGAUCCGAUGCGAUCUCCAGGUCCGCACCGGUCAGGGACACGCCAACUGCUCCAAUUGCGACACCGCCGGCAAAGAAUGUCGUAUGCGGCCAUCGAAGCGUUUCCUGAGGCGGGCGAGGACUCCUUUGACGCCGCCGGACAGCAGUGACAGUGCGAGGAGAUCACAGCGCCUGCAGCGGCCGGCCGCGCAAGAGACUGGCAGUGAGAAUCGUCAUGACCGUGCAGGGACGGGGCUCUCGUUGCCGCAGCCAGACUGGCUAUGGGAUUUUGAUAACCCCCCUCCGUUGCUAGAAGAGACGCCUGCUGUUCAAGCAUCUAGUGCGCCGCCUCCGGCUGUCGAUCCCACCAACCUCGAUCAAGAGAACUGUUCCCCGGUGACAUCUCGUACGGAGGAUACAGAGACACGCGGUCUGUCGUCGCGGUACUAUGAGCUCGAGAUCGAGGCCGAUGCCCGCAGCCAGGAACAGCGCCUGCUCGCCGAGAGGCCCCUGAUGGUCCGCCUCCUCCCCAGCGCUGACCUACAACAGAGCUUCGUCGAGACGUACCUGGAGUAUUGUAACCCUUGGUGCCCGGUGCUGAACCGUGACCAGCUGAACAUCGACGAACUGUCGCAGUCGCCGCUACUUGUCAACGCCUUAGCCGUGGUCGGCAGCCACCUUAGGCCCCCUGUGAUGCCGCACGACGGGCCGGCUGCAUAUUACGAGCGUGCCCGCCAGCUCUUCUACAACGAUGCGGAGCCGGACGUUGUACGCUCUUUACAAGCCGUCUCCCUCUUUUACUGGUGGAGUCCACGGCCACCGACAGUGCUUCACCGUCAUUCUUCUUGGUGGUGGACCUCGGUCGUCAUAAGGCACUGCCAGCAACUCGGCGUGCAUCAGCAGCCCUCAUUCGGGCCUGGCCCAGCGGCCUCGCAGCAUAACCAUCCGACCAGCCGCCGCUCACACCUCAUUCGCCGCCGCAUCUGGUGGACUGCCUUUGCGCGGGAACGGCUCACGGCAAUUUGUCAGAACAAACCAUGUACUAUAGACCCUGAGGACUGUGAUAUAGCUGAGCCCACGCUGGACGACUUUCCCGAUGCCAUGCAGGACCCAACUGUGCGCCUGCAGGCCGAGAUCUUCAUCUACUGGGUCCGUCUGUGUGGAAUCAUUGGCCGCAUAGCCAAGUAUCUCUCUCGACCGCGCGCGAACGACAGCAAUGCCGGCGCAUUCCCCACCCACCUCGCAACGCAGCUCAUAGACUGGGUCCAUUCCCUCCCACCACAUCUAACCCUCCCCGUCCAUUCCAACCGAACGACAUCCUUUAACCGUGAUGUCCACCAGCUGCAUUUGCCCUACCUUGCAGUGAUCAUACUACUCCACUUGAAACAACCUCACCAUACCCCCCUUGAAGCGUAUCAGCCUGCGAUUCUCGCGGCCUCUUGCCUGGCGAGAAUCCUGCGGGACAUACUUUCCCGGGGCUCUACGCAAUGGCUUAUGGCAAUCACAGGGUGGUACACUAGUUUAGCGUUUAUUGCUCUUCUCCAGGCUUGUAGAGUCGACGGACUCGCCGCUGCUGCUAACGAGGACCUCGAUAUCCUGACGCUAGCAGUCGACCAACUGAGAGUCAUGUGGCCGACGGCGAAUAUCUUCCACCGCGGGUUCCAGCGGUUGAGGUCCGAUGCUCGUGGUAGUGGAAGUGGAAGUGCAGCCGGGGCAGAGGCAUUGCUGUCUCUAGCGAGUGGUGAGCAGGCGCCUCAUCUCGAUACUGGCACUGGCACUGCUGCUGCUGCUUCUGCCCGCGGUCUGGGCGGUGGAAACAAUGAGACGGCGCAUGGGAACCCCAUAGAUGGCAUAGACUGGAUUGAUUAUUUUCCUUUUGCAACUGCGCAGACUAGUGGAAUCGCAGAGAGACUGCUCGUUCCCCAGACGGAUGAGCUCCAGUUCAGUGAUGCCUUCCCUGGCACAAUGAUGCAGUUUGAGGACCUGUUCGGAAAUCACAAUUUCUCCGAUUUGAAUUUAUUCAUGUAG